AUGGAAAAGGAAGAUGGUGGUGGUGAUGUUGGCGCGGGAGGAAUUGGUGGUAUCGGUGCGGGAGGCGGAAAAGGCAAGGGAAAGAAUGUACCAAAUGAACUCAAAGCUGAAGCAGAAGCUCGCCGUAAAGCUGAAGCAGAAGCUCGCCAGAAAGCUCAACAAGAUCUUCCACAAGUUGAUGAACAUCCACUAGGGGUCUUUGGUGACGGCAGCUAUCUUAUCAAGGAUUGGCGUCAGUCACACAGAGCUUUACUUAGUAAAAUUAUCGAGCAGAUACAUGCUAUUUGUUGGGCUCUAGUUUUGGGAAAAAUAUUGGAGUUUACCUACAACAUGAAUCGCCCUAUUGCUCAACACAUGUUUCUGGACAUAGAUAGUUUUGCUGAAAAGGUCAAGUUGAAAGCAGACGAGAUUAAUGCUCAGAAGAAAGUGAUAACUGAGGAUAUGGCUGUUGGUUCUAUGAAGAAAGCAUUCGACCAUGUAUUUCUCAAAGGAAUCGAAAAAGCUGAUGGAAGGAAGAAGGGUGGAGGAGAUAAAGUGUUUACAAUUAAAGGAAGGUUUAAUGAAGUACAAAAUGCAACGGCAAUUGAUAUCGCCAACAAGGUGGAUAUAGGUCCUGUAGGCAUAACCAUUGAUAUGUCUGUGGGUCUUAGGAAACUUAAGGACGGAAUCUACAUGGUCCCUAAGCCAAAAGAUGGAGCACCAAAACAUGCCCUUACAAUCGUAGCUUAUGGGAUGACUAAAGAAGAUGAGUUGUUUUUUGUUGUGCAAAACACAUGGGGUACCAUUUGGAGAGUUAAUGGCGAAGGUAGGAUGAUCAUCACUGACACUUGUCAUAUGUUUUAUCUAGAUGAAGUGAUUGACGACAAAAAGAAGAAGGGAAAGGCUCCUAUAGCUUAG